AUGGAGCUAUCCAGUUACUCUGGCAAAAAGUCUCAAUUGGGUCGCCGAACCAAUAGUUCUGAGGAUGUUUUUGCGAUAAAAUCGCCCUUGUUCGACGAGAAGAAGAACGGGCCGAGGUCUUGUCCGACCAAUUUUCAAGAUAAACGUGCGGUUUCAACCAUAUUUUUGCCAAAUAAACGACAAUCCAAACCAAGAGGGGAACUUAUUGCAUCUAAGUUGCUACCGACUCGCGAUCGUAUUGAUAAUAUGCUUACAUAUAUGCAUGAAUUGCAAGUAUCAGAGGCCAGCCUGCAGAAACAAUUGAUGACAACAAAACGACAUACAGAUGAAGAGUUAAACCUUUUGAUGUCGAAACUUGAUGAAUUGCAGCGGACGAUGCAGAAUGUUGAGAGGGAGAGACAAUCAACUCAAGCGAGAUUGAAAGAGAAGGAGAAGUGUAUUCGUAAGCUUGCAGCCAAGUUAAAAAAAGCAAAAGCUACUCAACCUAAAAGAAACACUUUUGUACGUAAAUGUGGUGUUCCUGAUGAUUCAUUGCCAUCAAUCGCAGAAGAAGACGCUAUGGACGAAGAUAAGAAAUCGCCCACCGUCGAACAAAGUCGACUAACAAACGUAUCGAAACGAGUAGACUCUUUGGUUGACAUAUCAGCACUUCCUAAAAAAAAUGAUUUUGCGAGUAAGGCAGCCAUUGAUGAUUUUCAUCGAUCUCAGUUACAGCUCAACGAGGAAAUCACUGAGUUAGCUUCACUCUCACCACGCUCUCUAAACCGACCCCUUUGGGACCCAUGGGCAUCGGGUGGUACUACUCCAAUGGAAAAUAUGCCUCCGGUCUUUACGAUCGCUCCAACAGAGCUAUACGCCAAAGCUACUGUUGUGUCGACUGAUAUUACAAAGCCAGUCGCUAUGAAUGUGGAAGAUGACGAGCUCAAAUCAGUAUUGAUGUCCUCAAGUUCCGCAUCAGUAAAAGACACUGUUAUGCAUAAUAAACAGCAGCACACCCCUUUGGUUGUGACACUCGAGCGAGAAGAGGGUGCUUUUGCCAAAUCACAGUGGCUUGCUUCUGCAACCAAUGCUGGCUCGUCAUGCUCGCGUUUAAAUCAGCAACCUCCAAGAGUGAUGGAAGCUCAGAUUGAAGAUGGACAAAAUACGACAAAAGACAGUGCAAUAACCGAGUUUUUGUCACCAAAUGACUCAGUGCUAUGCAUUAAACCAAUGCCUUCAAUCUGCGAGAGCUCAAACGAGCUCAAAGGGAACUGUUCUGCUGUUUUGGAUGAUAAGGCACACAGUCAGAUAAAUCAACAAAAUUUUCAAUCACCCAAGGUCGCCUUUCCGUCAAGUAGCUCUGCAGUUUCUCCUUCCACAACUAUUGCUAAACUAUGUUCCACCCUGACAGGGCAACAAGCUGAAAGUAACAGCGUUCCGAAGAAGAUAGAUUUACAAGAUCGUGAGGGAGCUCUUGGGAUCAUGAGUCCAAAUGUUGCACAAAAGACCAAAGUCAAUUCCUAUCCUUCUUGUGCGAGUUUGAAUACUCUUGUCCACGCCGCUUCACAUCAAAAUAAUGAUAAGGCCAUAACUGGAGAACUUGAGGCACUGUUGACUGAUUUCUUUGCAGAAGUGGACAAAAAACGUGUGAAAAUGGCGACAGUAUAUGGAAAAAGGUAUGCGGGUCGCGAAAAUCGCCUAUUCGCUGAGCUGACAAAGCGAUACGGCGCAGCAAAAGUGGCUGCAAUGAAGACACGAUAUGAGAACAGUAAGCACGCUUCUACAUUCAGGAACAGCGGUGGCAGCGAAAAUGAAGACAAUAAUGCAACCAAGUUAUCAAAUAAGUCGGAUCAUGCAAUGAUAAGCGCUCUACAACAUCAAAAGUCCUUGCAAUCUCCUACUCCAGACAGUGAUGUUAACGGCCAUGUCCCUUAUUUACCCUCCGAUUCCCAUUCGUCUGCAAACGUUCAUACACCAAGCAAAGAUCGACGGAAAGAGGCAAGAAGAGCUGAUUCUGGAUUGAGCCCGAGUGGAGAAGAUAUGACGGACCUUUUGAAUCAUGCGUCAUCACAACGUUAUUCUGUGAACACUAUUCCGCCUUCGACGAACCCAACUCCAUCUGUUUUAACUUCAAAGACGAGUCGUAAAAGUGAGGAUACGCUUGUGAAAGGAAUAGAUGGCUCACCACGGAUGAAUAUUUCCCAAUCAAUUCAGUUUAGUGCACCAUCUAGUGCGUCAUCUCAUCAGUCUGGGAUGCAGACGAGCGAUGCUACCUUUCCAGAACUCUAUCAACGCCAUGAUGCAUCUGAAGAGAGUAACAAAGAUCAGACAAAUAAGCCUUCUACUUCAACCUUUGAGGGCCUACUAGAGGACUUGUACAGACACCAUCAGCCUGACAAGAUAAACCAUGCAUCUAUUAUCGUGAAGCAGUAUGCCGGAAAGGAGGGGGAGCUUGUUAAACUGCUUAAAAGAAAAUAUGGUGCAUUGAGCGUGAAGCGGCUUGAAAUAAAGUUGGAGGUGCUAAAGCAGGCUCACAAAGCCCGCACUGGUGCCAAAAUGGCCUGUCAAAAGCGCAGUCGGUUUUUUAUAACCAUUUCGUUUACAUUUUGGCUUCUGGCGCUUUUGGGUGUGUCCUGUAUUGCUUUAUUUGUCAGUUUCGUCGCGUUGGAUGCUUGGAAAUGCCAUGCCGUUGGCAAAGUCCAGCAUAAAUCUGAAGUAACAGAUAAGUGUUUUUUGUUAAAAGAUAAUCUGGAGAAUUUUACGUACGAGCGAGUUGCUGACUACAUGAGCCGAUCUUACCCAGAUAUUUGCUAUUGUUCAGAGUUGAAAGCUCGCCAAAAUGCUCUGUUCGAAAACAUUUCACUUGGUAACAUUGAGGAUCUGGUAAGGCUGGCAGCGUUUUCUCCUAACUUUCCUGGCAGAUCAUGGAUCGAAAGGUUAAAGGAACAAAAUGUAAUGAAACCUGCGGCUGACUUAUUGCAAAGUUUUCGAUCAUUUGGCUGGCCCGCUCUUCUAGACUUUAGAGGAAUCAGCGAUGACUCUGAAAAAAUUUCCCAGUCCACUAAAGAUGUAAACAAUAGCGUUGCUCAUACUUUACCGUUGGUCAAUAACAGAGAAAGCAAUGAUUACACGUUGAAGCAACAUGCCAAAACUAGGGAAAUCGAGAUCGAAGCAGAAAGUGAUGAGCAAAUGGCUGACGAGAUUAGAGCUGCAAGUGGACUUGAUACCUUAGAAGAAAGCUCAAUUAGAGAACACCUUUUCGAUAAAGCUGACGUCACGGCGAAGAAGACAUCAGAGGAGGAUAUACUGACCGAACAACAAUUUGUAGCCAUCGUCGAAGAGAGUGUGGCGUUUCCAUCAAAAGCUAAUGAAUAUUACGAUGUGAAGGAAUUAGUUGACGUGGCUGAGCCGGACGAGACGUUAUUUCUCGUAAAGCCUGAUGGAUUUAUUACAACCAAAGCUAAAGUGGAUGAUACUAAAAAUGACGCAACCAGGACACACACGCAGCACGACUCUGAUUUUAGCCUGUUGGAGAAAAAUGGAUACGUUGAAGGCGACGGUAAUAAGGCUGCUUCUAACAUAAAAGCAUUUGGGUCCGUAAUUGCUUACUGCGAAGUGCCAGAUCUUGCGAAAAUGACAAUCGCAAACUUGUCUUACGAGAGGAAUGCAGCUGAAUUGACUAACGUCGUAGAGAAUGAAGUCCGCCAGAAAAGCGUGAGCUUGUCGCUGCCCGAUACAGAAGUUGAUGUACUGGAAAUGGCCGCUGAAUACACCGAAACUUUAUUUUCUGGUUCGGCGAAAAACUCUGAGCUGUUGGUGAUUGAUAAGGAGGAGGCUAACAAGGUCAAGCUGGAUAGCGAUUUUUUGGUGGAUGAGCCUGAGUCAGUGCUCCAUGCUGCCGACCCCACGAUUGUGGUUGGUACUGACGUCAACAUCGAAAAAAUCAAAGAGGAUCACUUUAAGUCUGACAGAAUCGUAUAUGAGAAGCCCCUAGCGAUCAAGAAUACAGAAGCAUUGAUCGCAACAAUAGUACCUCAUAUAAAUGCUGAAAGUGACGAGGACAAUGAAGAGGAAAAAGAGUUAAGAAUUAUGGAAGAGCUCGACAAUCCCGGUGAAUUGCUUCGCAUGGCUGAACGAGCUGCUGUUGCUGAGCUUUUAGCGAUGGAAAUCUAA